AUGAUACUACUAGGAAUUUUAUUACCACCAAAUAGUGGUGAUAAAAUAAACUUACGUGAGUUAGAAUUUGAUGAUAAAAAUUCUGUUCUUAUAUAUUCUAAAUCUUCAGAGAUUACAACUCUUCUAACUGUUGUUAUGUUCAGUUUACGUCUAUCAGAAAUUAUACCACCAAAUUCAAAUGCUAUACCGGUUAUUACUAUUUAUUUUAUGUGUGUUAUGAUCACGUCAGCGUUUUCAGUUGUUGCCUCAGUGUUGGUUUUAUCACUUCAUUUUCGAAACUCUAAAAGUCAUAAAAUGCCUUUAUGGGUUCGUAAGUAUAUUUGUAAUUAUUUGGCGUGGCUAUUACUUAUGAAACGUCCUGAUCAUAAUUUGAGUUGGCGCGGAAUUGGUCGUCGAUGGGCUUCUCCAAAACAAGAAUCGAGUAAUAUAAAUGGAUUGAUCGAUAAUCAUCAUUCUAAGAUAGCUUCUGAACCAUUGUUGAAUAAUACAUUCGAAUUGUUAUCGACCAACCUUAUGAAUAUUGAUAGAAAAGCUUUUGAAUUGUUAGAAAAUCGAGAAAAACAAGGCUCACAUUCGCUAUUAGAAUUUACUGUACCUUUAACAACGAAAAUUCACGGUUUUCGUCAUCGUUACAACAGAUCGAAAGAAUUGGAAAUGAUUCGUUCUGAGUUACGUAUUAUUAUUUCUCAACUUACUAUUCUUACAAGUUAUUCUCAGAAAGAAGAGAGAGAAGAUGAUGAAGCUGAAGAAUGGAAAUUUAUGGCAAGAGUCAUCGAUCGUCUUUGUCUAGUGUGUUUUGCUGUAGCCAUGAUUCUUUUUACUGUAUUUACUUUUUUCAAUGUUGAACUUUCUUUUUAA